GAAGUUGGCAGUUCCGACCCAAAACUUGACAGAAACAAGUGCAAAUUAAUCCAGAGUGCAGACGAUUGGGAUUUGGGAACAAUGUUUAGUGGUAAACAUUUGGAAUGAGUAUUGAAGCUCUGUCACUUUCUUCGUUUUUUGUAUUAUUUGUGUCAGUUGGUGUUUGUGCAGAAGAUUUAGGACUUCAGUCUGUUGCUGCUUUGAAUAGUGAAGUAGACUCCUUCGGGCAUGAAAGUAAAUCUGAAGUUUUGCCUCUGCGAGCUACUGUAGUGAGCAAAAGAGUUGCAGAGUUCACGGAUCAGUUUAUAAAACAAGAUGAUCUGUCAUUAUCAUCAGAUGCUGAAGUACUCCAGGGAGAUGUUGAGGACCUGCAGGUGACAACUGCUCCUGCCUCUCAAACUGAAGAUAUUGAAACAGUGGAAAACUCAACAUUAAACAAUACUGAUAAUGGCCUGAAUAGAAGUACACUUGUAUCCUGCGUUGUAGGAAACAGUAGUAUUGGGAAACCAGUGGAGCUGAUUAAUUCUACAAGAUUAUUGAGCCUUCUGGUAAGUGACCCCAAUGUGACACGACGUCGCCAGCCGGCAGAAUGCGUAAUGGUCCUCUUCUAUGCUCGUUAUUGCCCAUUUAGCAGCCUGGCAGCACCCCACUUCAAUGCCCUCCCUAGGGCUUUUCCAGACAUAAAAAUGGCUGCCAUUGAUGCAAUGAAAUACCACAGUUUCAAUACGCAAUAUGGAAUUGUCGGUGUCCCCACAGUAAUGUUGUUCCACAAUGGUCGACCAGCUGCAAAGUUCAAUAAUUCUGAUUACACCUUAGAAAUGUUUGGACGCUUUAUAAUAGAAUAUACAGGCCUUGAACCCAAAAACAAAUUGUUUGUGAUGUCUGUUGACUUCAGUGGUCCUGUACCAAGUGUACCGGUCAAAGAGACUGAUUACUGUCUUGUCUUGUCAUGGGUGUUCAUAAUGCUGUGUGCAGUGUACUACUUUAGUAAGUCUGCAUGGUGGCAAUGGAUUGUAGAAGCUGUACAGAACUCUUGGAGAGAAGCAGAAGCACACCAUGAACAUGUGGAGUGACAGUUAACCACUGUUCUUGUUGGAAGGGGACUGUGAACAUUUCCUGCUCUUGGAUUACAAUCGUUGUAUUGCUUGUCAUUCAGGGAUGGAUGCCUUAUUUUUUCCCAAACUUCAGUGCAUUUAGCUUAUCAGUUGCAGUUGAUAUUAUCUUUUAAUAGCAUUUUUCUCAAAGUUGAUGAAAUUACGCUAUAUCUCAAGUGUCUCAUUACUGGAAAGAACAAGAUAUCUCCUUUAACUUCUUGUAAAUCAAUUUAAGAAGUUGAAACAGUGGAAUGAAGGGGGUUUAUCUGUUACUGAUGAUCAAUUUGAAGUGUUAAAAUAAAGAAAAUUGUACCUCUUUCAACCAAAGCAUUACUAUUUACAAAUGUCAGUGUUAUGUAAUCAGAUUAUAUAGUGUUCUUUCAGGAGUCAGUGUCACAUCUUGAUUUUCUUGUCAUCUGAAAAGUAAGUUAAGGUAGCAUCAACUAAUUUCAAAUGAGUUCAUGCUGUGAACAAAACAAGGUACAUGGAAAAACUCAUUAUGUUCCUAGAUUUUGCUUCAGUUACUUAGUUACAACAGUAAUGAAAAUGUUGCAUUAUCUUUAUUUAGUCUUUGUUAAAAAUGCAGCUGUUUUAAGAAAAUAUAAAUGCACAAUUUUAAAUAAUUUAUUUUAGUUAUUUCAUCCUUUGUUAAUCUCAUAAGACUGUAUUUAACAUUUUAUUAUUAUUAAGGAAAAAAUUAUCUCUAGUUUACUCUGGUAAGUUAUAGUAGCCUUAAAAAUUGAAGAAAAAGAAAUUGUUCACUUGAGCUGAUGGGAAUGUUGAGCCACGAAAAUUAGUGGUUUUUGUAGUUAUCCCCUGUUACUGCAUCGACCGCACCAGCACCUUGCUGGCCGUGAGCAUAGCAAGACGCCAGUGCCUGCAGGCAUGGGUCCAUCUGCUAAAUGGUGGCACUGUCAAACAGCGACAGCAGCAGCACGUGGAGGCCAUCUCCUACACCCAAUGGACAGUGCCACCUCCCGAGUUGGACUUGCAACCUGUGGUUCUUGGUGUGGUCCACAGCCUUAAUAUGUUUGAAGGAAGAAAAUGUGGUCAAAUAGGCUGUAAUAUGUUUAUUUUCCAUGCUGUUAGCUAAUUUCAACUGUUUGUCGUUUUCAAGUCCUUGGCACAAGCUUCAAGCUCCACAUCACACUUGAAUAAAUAGUCUGUACGUAUGUGAAUGCACACACAACUUUCAUACACGUGUGUAGUCCAUAUACAAGUCAAUAGUGCACUAGAUUACAUCCAUUAGUAAUAUUUGUAUAGAAAACUUUCUGUAUACAUAUUAGAUGUAAUCUAGUGCAGUAUUGAAUUGUAUUUGUGCUACGCACCCACUUGAAGGUUGUGUGUACCUUUACGAAUGUACUGGCUAUUUGGUCAAAUGUGACAAGUGCUUCAAAAUGACUAACAGCCAAUAUUAGCUAAUAGCAUGGGCAAUAAAUAUAAUACAGCCCGUUUGGACCCUGUUUCUUUGCUUAAAAUAUCUGUUAUAAUGGCUGUACAUACUCCUGUAUAUGGUCCAGGUUGUGAACAGUAACAAAAAAAGAAUAAUCUUGUAUACAAGCACCAGAGGUAACAUUCAAGAUGUAUAUGUAAGAGCCUGUAAUGAAGUGGAUAAAACAAUA